AUGAGAUCAAGAAUGUCUCUCGUACCGAAGUUAUUUUCCCACUGGUGGGAAACUUUGGAGCGUCCUCACCAUCUGGUGAACCAACACUUCGGAGUGCCCUGGAAUCCUGACCAAAUGUUCCGUGACAUGGAGCGGAAUUUCCGCGAGAUGGAGAGAAGAUUUCCAUCAGCGUACUACAGACCUUGGGCUGACUUGAUGAGAGAAGAUGGCAAAGGAGCCUCCACCAUAAAAGCCGACAAAGACAAGUUCCAAGUGGCCUUGGACGUCGAGCAGUUCAAGCCCGAGGAGAUCAACGUCAAGAUUCGGGACAACUUCAUCGUCGUCGAGGGCAAACACGAGGAGAAGCGAGACGACCAUGGAAUCGUGUCCAGACAGUUUGUCAGGAAGUACAUGAUUCCGGAGCAAUGCGACCCGGAGAAGGCUACCAGUGCGCUCUCCACGGACGGAGUGCUCACCAUCACUGCUCCCAGGAAGCCUGAAGCCAUCGAGGACAAGAAGGAGAUACCCAUCAAGAUUGAACACACUGGGAAACCUUCUAUCGAACAUCAGGAACAAAAGAAAGUCGCUGCCAAACAGUAA